CUCUCUCUCUCUCUCUCUCUCUCUCUCUCUCUCUCUCUCUCUCUCUCUUUCUCAUCGUCCUUCCUCCUUUUGAUGGAUGAAAGUGACUCCCUCUCCAGACAUCUCACACGCACCUCUAACCAUUCCUUUUACAGAUAUUGUUUGUCGAGGCCCCGCAAAACAGGUUACAACACGCCUUUUAGUUUCCCUUAUAUACUCCGUCUCUUGAGCGACUUUGCGUGUUAUUUGCUUCGUCUUAAUCUGCAUUUGUCUCCUUUUUCGCUCACCCACACACAAAAUACUGGUCUUUCCUCAAGCACAAGUAUAACACAGGAGUGAAUACAAGGGAAAGUAGGUGAAUUUUAAGCAGCAGCAGACUUUUAAGCCCUAACUAGUUUGUUUUAUUCAACUACACUGUACAAGCUGGAGUAUUAGAAAAGAAAUAGCUACAGUAUACUUGUAAAUAAUGAAAGCUUGCAGUGUGAAGGAAGAAAAUGAGGCUUACCAACUAAUAUAGGUGUUUUGUUUAAUUACACUAUACUAGCUACAGUAUUAGGAAAAGACUACAAUACACUCGUUAAUGAUAAUAACGAUGCAGCAUAAAGAAAGAAAAGUAGUAGAGCAUUUCUAGAACAUUCCUUUAGUAAGUAGAUUCAGGAACAUUAAUUUUACUGACCUUGGCUCUUUUUUUUUUUUUUUUUCUAAGUAAGAGAUUCAUUUUCUCCUCACACGAAUGCUCCUCUCGCCUUAGGACCGUUGCUAGGGCCGUUGCUAGGGACGCCAGUAGUGUCUUGAAGGCUGGCGCUGAAGACACUCCUAAUGUGCGUCGCUUUUACUUUCAAUCUGAGGUGUUGGUGUUACCUAGAUCCGUGCUGCCCAGAUCCAUGCCCCUUGUAGCCCACAGCUGAAUGGAGACGCGAGCCCCGCCACCCACGGGCCGCAGACACAAGGGGAGCAAAAGGUGACGCCACACGCCGCCCCCGACAGAACAACAGUGAGGGGCGGGCGUGUGCUGCAGGAGAGGACUGGGAUCUCGUUCACUACAUAAGCUUUGCGAGGCACUACCAGAGGCGCUGCUACACUAUCCACCAAGAUGUCGAUCAAGCUGGAGGACAUGCUGACGGUGGUGAAGCCGCCACCCCAGGCCCUCGAUCUCUUCCGCACCAAGAUAAAGUGUAAAGAGGACUUCGACAAGGCAUUCGAAAAAGUUCCGGAAUAUAAAAUACGGCCCGAGAAGGUGCGGCCAGACGACGUGAUGGGCGAGGGGCCUGGGGGGUGGCGGGCAACCCACGACAGGGGUGAGGAUCUCCCCGAGCCUGCCUACGCCGACCCCCUCCCCCCCUCUAUGCGGGGACUCAACAUGGACGAAUUCUACGAGGUUGACAUAGACUGGAGGAUGCUGACCACUGCCCGCCCAAAGAAUCGGUGCGAGGAGGAGAUCUUUUCCAGGUACGUGGAAAUGGGUCGCCUGCAGCUUCAGCGCCUGCGGGAGGAAGCUGAAAAGAUGGCGGAGGGCAAGGACUGGACGGGACGCAUAGUCAAGGUGGUGCCAGGUAAAGGGUCGCUGCCGGAGACUCGCCUGCCCACGUGUCGAGAGUGCGGUGAGGAGCUGUGUGAGGGCCUCUGCAAGGACUACCUCUACAUGAACUACACUCGCGUCCAGACAGAGGAGAAGAAGGACGACGACGAGUCAGGGCUGGACGUGGAUGACAUGGACAACACGAAGCAAAAGGGGAAGAAAAAAAGGAAGACUAAGAGGAGAAAGAAAAAAAAGAAAAAAGAAGUCGAUCACGCAGACGGCGACGCUGACGAUGAAGAAGAGUGAAUGAAAAAGACACACACACACUGACGGAAUCAUUCGUGGACAAAACGAUUAAAACAAAAUGCGAAACUUUCAUGCAAACAAGCGAUGCUGCUGUAAAGAAAAGAUAAGAGGAAGAGGAGAGGAAGCGAAGGAGAUCCGUAAGCAGACAUAAGCUCAUAUUCAAUAUUUACAAAAUAUCAUUGGUGUUUGCCAGAGGUGUCGGAGAGCUCAAAACACAAAUAUUACCAGGAACUUUCCCUGCCAGGUGAGGUGCCGAGGUGUGCAGCAGGAGGCGAGUACAACAUGGUGUGUUAGAACGCUAAGGGCAUGACUCUGCGGUGUUACCGUAAGAGAUGGAAAGAUAACCACACGAAUAAAUUCAUUGUUGACGCUCAUAAUACUUCUCUUAUUUAAUCAGUGGAACCAUCUUUUGUCUCCAGCUGGGCAUUCUGAGGCCUAACUGCAGACACACUGACUAAACGAGGCGUGGGAGGCAGGAAGGGGGCGUGCGGCGUGUGGACUGUGGACACACCAGGCGGCCGUGCCCACGUUCUCGGGGAGAUGGAGGUGUUGGCACACAUGUUUGUCUGACCCCCUUGUUCAGAUUGCCCAACAGAGACUUACACGACG